CAAGCUUAGUAGUGGAGGAGCGCACAAGACAGAUGAAAAUGAAAGUGCACCGAUUUAAGCAGACAACAGGGUCUGGUUCUAGUCAAGAACUUGAUCGCGAGCAAUAUUCCAAGUAUAACAUACAUAAAGAUCAGUACAGAAGCUGUGAUAACGUCUCUACCAAAUCGUCAGAUAGUGAUGUCAGUGACAUGUCCGCCAUUUCCCGAACCAGCAGUGCCUCACGCCUCAGCAGCACAAGCUUUAUGUCAGAGCAAUCUGAGCGCCCCAGGGGUAGAAUCAG